UUCCCCGUUGGACAACACAACGUCUCAUAAAGCCGAGUAGGUUAUCUCUACGACUUGAGUUCCAUCUUCUGUGCCAUUUGAAAACAACCCAGGCCUGGACUUGCACUGGAAGAACAUCGAAAUGGCAUCGACAAAUGGUCAUACGGCAACCCAUGAUGCGACCACUCCUUCCUUCCGUCAACCUAUCUUCCACUGGACUGAUGCAGGCUCAAAGAAAGCCACAAGACCAGAAGACCCAUACGAGUAUCUUUGUGGCUUUGGCAAUGAGCAUCAAUCGGAGCUUGUCCCCGGUGCUCUACCAAUUGGGCAGAACUCACCUCAGAAAUGCCCCUACGGCUUGUACGCCGAGCAAAUCACAGGCUCGUCUUUCGCUGCAAACCGCGCCAAUACAAUGAGGAAUUUCCUUUACAGACGUCGCCCGGCUGCUGUUCAUCACUCGUACUCGAGAGCGGAGGACAACCCGACCCUUACAGCUUCGUUCCUGCCGAAGAACGAAGAACUUCAUACGAUACCAUCUCAGGUGUCGUGGACCGCCUUUGAAAUCCCACCAAAGUCCGCUGGGGCAGUUGAUUUUACCCAAGGACUGCACACACUCGGCGGAAGUGGGCAUCCACAUCUUCGCGAGGGCAUCGCUUAUCAUAUCUUUGCCAUCAACAAUAGCAUGCCCAACAAAGCUUUCAUGAAUAUAGAUGGGGACUUUUUGCUUGUUGCACAAGAGGGACAUCUCGAUAUCAUGACCGAAUUCGGACAUAUAUAUCUUCAGCCGUCCGAGCUUUGCGUCAUUCAACGCGGUCUCCGCUUUCAAGUCAACAUCGUCGAGAAAUACUCACCCAACGGCGCCCGGGGAUACGUUGUCGAAACAUGGGGCACGAAGUGGGAGCUCCCCGAGCUCGGUCCUCUAGGAGGAUAUGGCCUUGGGAACUCGCGCGACUUUUUGUUCCCCACAGCGGACAUCGACACCAGUUCGACUGGCGAAUGGACAAUUGUGACCAAGCAGCUGCACAAGUAUUACGCCGCUCUCCAGCCUCAUACACCCUUCGACGUGGUCGCUUGGCACGGGAACUACAUUCCCUACAAGUACGACAUGACCAAGUUCGUCGCACAGAAUACCGCAUCCGUGGAUCAUACCGAUCCAUCCAUCAAUACUGUGCUCACGGCGAAAUCUCGAGAUGAGAAUGCACCACUUGCCGAUUUUCUGGUGUUCGGCCCUCGCUGGGAUGUGGCAGAGAACACCUUCAGGCCGCCUUACUUCCACCGAAACUGCGCAUCCGAAUUUUUGGCAAAGAUAUACGGACCCUCAGGAGGUGGCCGCUCGGAAGUCUUCGUGCCGGGAGGUGCGAGCUACGAGUCAGGAUUCACACCACAUGGUAGUAUCGACGAGAAGACCAUCGCCGCCAUGGAUGCCAAGCUAGAGCCCCGGAAGAUAUUCCUCGGUAGCCUCGUCAUCAUGCUAGAGAGCUGCCGGAGCUUACUCUUCACUGACUGGGCAAUGAAGGACUCCGGCGUGUUGGCGGCCGAGGAUAUCUCUGCCGAUGCUUGGGAUGUUAUCCCGGAUCGUUUUGGGGAGAACGAGGAGGCACAAAAAUACCUUCGUGCCAUUGGGAAGUUGUCACCGGUACAGCAAAAGAAAUAAAGGGAGAAUUACUAGCGAUCUUUGAAAGUGCAACAAAGCGUUCAUCUGCUGUCCCACAAGGUGCCAGAAGAGUCUGGAUUGGAGUUACCACGUCAUAUAGGUCUCAGUCAGCUUGAGGAUAUCACCCAUAUGAAUUCGGUCAAGUUGGGGCUGGGAAAGCAGGAUUUUGCCCAGUUGUUGGCCUCGAGCCCAAUUGCCACCUCGUGACAGGAAACGGGAAGACGUGAUGAUUCAGCAGCACCUCUCAGCUUCUUGCUCAUGCUGGCGUCCUGUUCUCGAGGGAUUGCUCCAUUCAGCCCAGCCCAGUGAAAAUAGCAUUAUCAAUACCAAGGCCGAGCAACGAUCGUCUUAGAUCCGCAAAACCGCGUGGGUACGAAGCUGUUUUAUGGGGUUGCUUUCAUAUUCGGAGCUUUUCCUUGGGCAACUGAGUUCAGAAGCAUUUUCAUGCUUG